AUGACGAGUCUCUACUUUCCCCGCAUACGCAACUGGUUCUUCAGCUCGCCGCCGGCAGAAUGGGCCCUCAACCAGCUGCGCGAGCUUAUCAUCGGCGCUCUCUCCCAAGGACCCAUCCCGCGGCAUGUAGCAUUUGAGAUGGAUGGCAACCGGCGAUAUGCACGGAGUCACAAGAUUGAAACCAUAGAAGGGCAUCACCUGGGUUUUGAGGCUCUCGCGAGGGUGCUCGAAAUAUGCUACAAAUGCGGUGUCAAGGUGGUCACAGUCUACGCAUUCAGCAUUGAGAACUUCAACCGACCCAAAUACGAAGUCGACGGGCUUAUGGAGCUGGCGAGGGCCAAGCUCGAGCAGCUGACGCAACACGAUGAGCUGCUAGAGCGAUAUGGUGCCAGGGUGUGCAUUCUUGGACAGAAGGAUCUGAUCCGUGCCGACGUGCUGGAAGUUGUUGAGCGCGCCGAAGAAAACACCAAGAACAACAAGAACUGUGUUCUUAACAUAUGUUUCCCCUAUACCUCCCGGGAGGAGAUCACCCAGUCUAUACGUGCGACUGUACAAGAGUACUCAAUGCCGCCGCGUCCCCAAAAUACGCCGUUCUCGCAGACCCGCAUCAAGCAAAAGAUCCUCUCCAAGCAGGCCGAUGGAACAGAGUCCUUGUCUACCAUCCGUGAAGGCUCCCCUACGCCGUCCUCGUCAAGAUCAGAAGAUGUGGAUGACUCUGUCUCAUCCUCUACGACGCUACCAACGACCGACUCGCCACCCUCGCGAACUGGGGCGGCACACAACAUUACCAUAUAUCCGAAUCCGGAGAACAUCACCACGGAUACCCUUGACAACCACAUGUACACCUCUGGCAACCCACCCUUGGACAUCUUUGUCAGGACUAGUGGUGUGGAACGACUUAGCGACUUCAUGUUAUGGCAGUGCCACCAAGAUACCCAGAUUUUCUUCCUCAAGUGUUUCUGGCCGGAGUUUGACCUUUGGCAAUUCCUGCCGGUCCUGGUAGAGUGGCAGUGGCGGCAAAAGCAGAAGGCAAGGGAUGAGAAGCCGCGGCGGCAUCUUAAGAAGCAGCCCUAA